AUGGGGCCAGGUCAAUACAAUCCUCAAAUUGAGAGGAAAGGAGGAACACUCAACUUUGGAUCAUACAGCUAACGCAAAAUGAUAUUGGCAUAAGAUACUUUAACUCCUGGACCCCUUCAUUAUACAAUAAAUAGUGUUAGAAGUUAGGGUGUUUCCUUUGCAAAUUCAAAGAAGGUUUUACAGAAACCGACUCGAAAUCCAGGGCCAGGGCAAUAUCUACCUAUAGACGAACCUCAUAGUAGACUUGGAGGAUCUAUUUCAAGAACUUCCAGGAAUAACAAUUUCGAUAAUCAAAUUCCUGGAGCUGGUCAUUAUCCGAUUAAAUCUACAUUAAAAAGUCUUAGCUUCAAAUUUAAGUAAUUACACAAGAGAGCUAAGACUGAUUAUAUGAGUCCUGGUCCUGGAUCCUAUUCAAUCUUGUCGGAUUCAAUGAAUCAUGGUAUCAAAAUGCAUAACUCCAAAAGAACUUGGUCAUACAUUUUAAAAACUGAGACUCCAGGUCCGGGAACCUAUUAAAGUGAGAGUUUCAUUCAAAACAGAGUCUCAUCAAAACAUUCAAAAACCUCUUCUAAGGAAUAAUCAAAAAUCUUAGAUAAAUGCUUCUCCCAACACGAAUCAAAACAAUCCAAUAAAUUAGGAUCUUGUACUUAAUCUAAAGGUAAUCUUGAUUCUAAUGGAAUUUUAUCGAAAAGACAAAAAGUUAAAUCCAAUCCGUUUGGCCCAUAAUAAAACAUUAGUGAUGCUUAUAAUAGAUUAAGGGAAUAUGGUAAAUUAAAAGUAACUUUCACAAAAUAAGUGAGAAAGGAAGAAUUCCUAGAUGAAUUUUCAACUGGUGGUCCAAAAAAGGCUAACAGAUCUCCAGGUCCAGCCAUUUAUGCUGAUAUCAAAUUCAAACCUAAUACAAAAUUGGGUUUUGUUCCAACCUCAAAAAAAGGAGAAGUAUUCAAACCAAAAGAAGGACCUGGUGUUGGAGAAUAUACUAAAAUAGCACCUUUUGGUAAAGUUUACAAUAAACACAUAACACCAAAGAGAUCAUUUUUCAAAUUCAAGGACCUUAAUUAAUUUGAUUUUGACUAAUGA